ACGUGUGUGAAUUAUUUAGAACUGAAUGCUAGAAAUGGAUGCUCAAAAGCUGACUGAUUUGCUCCGGGCCACUAUCGAGCCAAAUCCUGAGCAGCGAAAGGCGGCAGAGGACCAAUUGGCACAAAUUCACAAGAUAAUUGGAUUUGUUCCAACAAUAUUACAAAUUGUUAUGCAAAGCAAUGUUGAUCAACCAGUUCGUCAAGCAGGGGCGAUUUAUCUAAAAAAUCUAAUUACGAACAGUUGGUCUGAUCAUGAGUCCAAAGCAGGCGAGCCAAUACCUUUCUCAAUUCAUGAACAAGAUCGUGCUAUGAUACGCGGAUUAAUUGUGGAUGCGAUUGUACAUGCUCCAGAUAUUAUAAAGGUUCAGCUAGCAGUAUGCGUAAAUCACAUUAUCAGAAGUGAUUUUCCUGGGCGCUGGCCACAAGUAGUGGACAACAUCAGCAUUUAUCUACAAAAUCCAGAUGUCAAUGGAUGGAAUGGCGCGCUCCUGACUAUGUAUCAAUUAGUAAAGACAUAUGAAUACAAGCGCUCAGAAGAGCGUGUUCCUCUACAUGAAGCAAUGAAUCUUCUUCUUCCAAUGAUCUACCAACUGAUGGUUAACUUAAUGAAUGAUCAAUCGGAACAAUCGAUGUUGCUUCAAAAGCAAAUUUUAAAAAUUUACUACGCCUUAACCCAGUACACACUGCCAUUGGAUCUUAUAACAAAAGAAACGUUUUCGCUGUGGAUGGAAAUUUGCCGGCAAAUCGCUGAAAGGCCAAUACCAGACUGCUCACAUAUUGAUGAUGAGGAAAAACCAGAAUUUCCAUGGUGGAAAGUAAAGAAAUGGGCCUUACAUAUAAUAGUACGCAUGUUUGAACGCUAUGGCAGCCCGCGUAAUGUUGUAAGUGAAAAGUAUCAGAAAUUUGCAGAAUGGUAUCUUCCUACGUUUACAUCAGGCAUUUUGGAAGUACUGUUAAAGAUUUUAGACCAGUAUCGAAAUCACAUUUACGUCUCACCUAGAGUUCUAACUGAUAUUUUGGCUUACUUAAAAAAUGCUGUGAGUCACUCAUAUUCCUGGAAAUUAAUAAAACCUCACAUGGUCGCUAUAGUACAAGAUGUAAUAUUUCCAAUUAUGUCUUUUACUGAUGCUGAUCAAGAGCUGUGGGAGACUGAUCCACAUGAAUACUUGAGAUUAAGACUAUCCAAGAAAAAACCGCACAACAAAACAAGAAACAAAGCACUGAGCAGAAUAAAUGUGGGAUCUGCAACUACUGGGAAAGUCUUGAAGAAUGCCGGAGUGUUACCGCAUGUGGAGAAAGCAUGGUACAUGUCAAUGGGAGCUGCAGCACGUGGUUACAAAUGGGCCGAUGUCUUCAAAUUGUCACGCAAUGCCGCCUGUAAUAUAUAUGGUGUGCUCUCAGAUGUGGUAGCCUUUAUGCCAUUUAAAAACUCAAGCAUACAUUCCGAAUUAUGUUACCUUUGCCCAGGUGAGGACUUAGCAUCACACCUUAAUCCGCAGGAGAGUGGAACCGAACCUUCUGUAACUAAAUGGAAACGGCAGUUGAAAUAUACGGGUUGCAACGAGGAGCUGUCUUACGAUUCUUCUAUCUAA